AUGUUAGUAAUUUUAAGUUUACAUAAAUGUGUUGACAAAAGUGGACAAUUCAUAGAAAUACCUUUAGGAACAGUGAGGCAUUCCGAUGGUACAUCACUGAAACGCAGAACGAAAGUAUGGAAAUUCCUAGAGAAAUUCAUUGCGAAGCUCUUGACAGCUCCUGAAAAUAAUAUGAAUUCAAUGAUAACAUUAUCGGAAAUACAUGAGGUAUGUCUGCGAUGUAGGGAAGUGUUCAGAAUGGAAAAAACGCUGCUUCAUAUAGAUCCACCUAUUUAUAUUCUCGGUGAUAUACAUGGAUUUGGUGAAAAUGAUCUCAAAAAUCGUAUACCACCACGUAAAAGUUAUUUAUUCAUAGUCUUCAAUUGUAUGCCAUUCGCAGCGCUGAUUGGCGGAAGCAUAUUCGCAGCACAUGGAAGAAUUUUGGAAGAUCUUCACUGGAAUCAAUUCAGACGAAUAUGCAGAUCAACAGAUGUUACUGAUAUUGGAUUCGUUAAUGAUCUCAUAUGGGCUGAUCCUGGUAAACUCCCCGGAAAAUAUAUUCAAAAUCCACAAGGUAUCUCAUAG